GCACAGUGUUUGUCAGGUAGGACGCCAGGGAACAUAUCACCAGUAUAGGAACCAACAUGGCCGAAGACAAAGUGCAACCAGCUAAGGUGAAAUACACCCAGAUUUUCAUCAAUAACGAAUUUGUGAAUUCUGUCAGUGGAAAGACAUUCCCAACUAUCAACCCAUGCACAGGGGAGAAGAUAUGUGAUAUACAGGAGGGUGAUAAGGCCGACGUGGACAUCGCCGUUAAGGCAGCCAAGGAAGCAUUCAAGCUUGGGUCACCAUGGCGCAUUAUGGACGCGUCAGCCAGAGGACGAUUACUUUAUAAGUUAGCGGAUUUAAUAGAGAGAGACAUUGACUAUUUGGCGAAUCUGGAGACGUUGGACAAUGGCAAACCUUAUACGUCUGCACGUGGUGAUAUGAGGGGUGCUGCUAACACAUGUCGAUAUUAUGCCGGGUAUGCUGACAAAAUACACGGACGCACUAUCCCUAUUGAUGGUUCAUUCUUCUGUUAUACUCGCCAUGAGCCAGUUGGUGUAUGUGGGCAGAUCAUUCCAUGGAACUAUCCCUUAGCGAUGCUAGCAUGGAAGAUUGCGCCGGCUUUGAGCUGUGGAUGUACAUGUGUACUAAAACCCGCAGAACAGACACCGUUGACGGCGAUCUAUGUGUGCAAUCUCAUCAAAGAGGCUGGAUUCCCACCUGGAGUUGUCAAUGUUGUACCAGGGUAUGGCCCCACUGCUGGUGCUGCGAUCGCAGAACAUAUGGAUGUUGACAAAGUGGCGUUUACCGGGUCCACUGAGGUCGGAAAAAUAGUCAAAGAAGCGUCUGCGAAGUCCAACUUAAAACGAGUCUCCUUGGAACUCGGAGGAAAAAGUCCCAAUAUCGUCUUUUCUGAUGUUGAUAUGGAGUAUGCUGUUGACAACGCACACAAGGCGAUGUUUGGAAACAUGGGGCAGGUGUGCUGUGCCGGGUCUCGUACAUUUGUACAAGAAGAUAUAUAUGACGAGUUUGUCAAGCGGAGCGUGGAACGAGCCAAGAAGCGUGUCAUCGGCGAUCCAUAUGAUGAAAACACUGAAUCCGGUCCACAGAUUGACAGCACACAAUGUGAGAAAAUCCUUGAAUUGAUUGAAAGUGGCAAGAAGGAAGGUGCCAAACUUGAAUGUGGAGGUGGUCGCCAUGGUGAUAAAGGAUGUUUUAUCGAGAGUACAGUUUUCUCUGACGUUAAGGAUGACAUGCGCAUAGCAAAGGAAGAGAUUUUUGGUCCAGUUCAGCAAAUCAUGAAAUUCAAAACCAUUGAGGAGGUGAUUGAGAGAGCCAAUAAUACCCAUUAUGGCUUAGCAGCGGGUGUCUUCACUAAAGACAUUGAUAAGGCAUUAACAAUCUCCAACGCAUUGCAAGCCGGCACUGUAUGGGUAAACUGCUGGGACGCAGUCAAACCUAACGCUCCAUUCGGUGGCUUCAAAAUGUCUGGAAAUGGUCGAGAGUUGGGUGAAUAUGGACUGGAAGAAUACACAGAAAUAAAAACUGUUACUGUGAAACUACCACAGAAGAAUUCCUAAAUCACUGAGAUAAUUGCGCCACACUGUUUCUAAACAGUUUGCUUCAUUAAUUGUACUGCACUGUCUUUUAUAUUAACAUUUCAGUAAAUGUGACAUCAUCAAAACACACACUGUUGUUAGUAAAAUAAAAUAUUCUAUUCUUACU